UACCAAAGACGACGACGCCCGCGCACCAUGGUACCGCCACCGAAAGAUAUUCAAGGCGGAAUCAGCAACCUCACCCGCCAGGUUUCCAACAGCCUGAACCUUAGCACAUCACCAAACUUGUCUUUCCAUAGCAGCAGCCCGAAUGCUAGCUUCCGGCAACCACCGUCAUUCCAGGACAACUCCUGCAGCAUCGCAGCAGCAGCCGGUGCCGCCGCAAAGCAAUUGAAACCCUUCGACACCAAAGACAUCAAGGUCCUUUUGCUUGAGAAUGUCAACACAACUGGAGUGGAUAUUUUGAAGGGGCAGGGUUACCAAGUCGAGGCCCUGAAAAGCAGUCUUCCGGAAGAUCAGUUGAUCGAGAAGAUCCGCGAUGUCCAUGUGAUUGGCAUUCGCUCCAAGACCAAGCUCACGGAACGUGUGUUGAAAGAGGCUAAAAACCUUAUUGUCAUCGGCUGCUUCUGCAUCGGAACCAACCAGGUUGAUCUCCAAUAUGCGGCGCAACAAGGAAUCGCCGUGUUCAACUCACCCUUCAGUAACUCCCGCUCCGUUGCUGAGCUUGUCAUCGCAGAGGUCAUUUCGCUCGCGCGACAACUCACCGAUCGCUCAAUGGAACUUCACAAUGGAACUUGGAACAAAGUCAGCAAGGGCUGUUGGGAAAUCCGCGGAAAGACAUUGGGGUUGGUAGGGUAUGGUCACAUUGGCAGCCAGUUGUCGGUGCUGGCCGAAUCCAUGGGAAUGGAAGUCAUAUACUACGACGUAAUGAAUCUCAUGGCACUGGGAACGGCGAAGCAGGUCCCUACGCUCAACGACUUGCUGGAACAGGCGGACUUUGUGACGCUUCACGUGCCUGAGACCCCCGAGACGAAGAACAUGAUUGGUAAAGAGCAGCUGGAUAAGAUGAAAGACGGAUCGUACCUACUUAACAACGCCCGUGGCACUGUUGUCGACAUUCCAGCCCUCGUCGAAGCCAUGCGCAGUGGAAAGAUCGCCGGAGCUGCUCUCGACGUCUACCCCAACGAACCGGCAGGCAACGGCGACUACUUUAACAACGACCUCAACGAGUUCACCAAAGACCUGCGUGGGUUGAAGAAUCUUAUUCUGACGCCGCACAUUGGAGGCAGCACCGAGGAGGCACAGAGCGCCAUUGGUGUUGAGGUCAGCAAUGCACUCGUCAAGUACGUGAAUGAAGGAUCGACACUCGGGGCUGUCAACAUGCCCGAGGUGCAACUGCGCAGCCUGACGCUGGACGAGCCCAACUGUGUGCGUGUCGUGUACAUUCACAAGAACGUUCCUGGUGUACUGCGACAAGUGAAUGCGGCGCUGCACCACCAUAACAUCGACAAGCAGAGUUCUGAUUCCAGGGGAGACGUGGCCUAUCUCAUGGCGGAUGUGAGUGAGGUGAAGGAGGAUGAGAUCAAAGACUUGUUCCAAAGCCUCGAAAACCUCUCCGCCGGGAUUCGCACAAGGAUGUUGUACUAG